UUGUUAAGAUCAAAGUCACGUGAAAUCAAAAAAAAAAAUUAAAAUAAUCAGAUUUUCAAUUAUCGAAUCCACUUAACCUCUUUCGCCAAAAUGCUUCUCUUAAAAAACUUUUAAAAGCUGAAGGAAACAUGCUUGGCCGAAUAAAAAAAAUGAGAACAGCUUUUAAUUAAAUUCUUGAUAAAAAUGAACUCACAAAAAGUUUCAGGAAUCUCGACAUCCGUAAAUCAACAAACAACAGCCAAUAAGGCAAGAGCUAAAGAAACCAUAAAAGCACUUCCUGGUUUUCUUAUCGGUGGUGCAGCUGCAUGUUCUGCAGUUACAUUUACAAAUCCGUGGGAGGUUGUGAAAACUCGAUUACAACUUCAAGGAGAAUUGACACGCAGUAAUUCGAAUUACGUAAAACCUUAUAGAAAUAUAUUUCAAGCAUUUUAUGUUAUUGUUAAAAAUGAAGGAGUUCGUGGUAUUCAAAAAGGAUUAGGGGCAGCCUAUGCAUACCAAUUAGUGAUGAAUGGGGCUCGACUUGGAUUUUAUGAUCCAAUAAGAAAUUCACUUGAAAAAUUUUUUAAUACGUCAAGUACUUCAAUGCCAAUUAGUAUGCUCUCAGGAUUUUUAGCAGGGUCAUUUGGAGCAGCGAUAGGAUCUCCACUUUACCUUGUUAAAACUCGUAUGCAAUCAUAUUCAACCUUUGCAGCAAUUGGGCAUCAGCAUAAUUAUAAAAAUACUUUUGAUGCUCUUCAUAAAAUAAGUAAAGAAGAAAGAUACUUCAAAGGACUUUUUAGAGGAGUUGAUGCUGCUAUGAUUAGAACUGGUGUUGGAUCUUGCACUCAAUUGUCAAGUUAUUUUUUUAUAAAACGUUCUGUGAUUAAAUAUAGUGGAAUGAGUGAUGAUAAUAUUUUGGUACACGCUCUUAGUAGUUUGGUAAGCGGUUUCUGUGUUUGUUUCACUAUGAAUCCUUUUGACGUAAUUAGCACUCGUAUGUAUAACCAAAAAGCUGAUCAAAGUGGAAAAGGAAGUUUGUAUAAGAACACGUUAGAUUGUUUUAUAAAAACUCUUAGAGCUGAAGGAAUAUUUGGAUUUUACAAAGGAUUCGGUGCUCAUUACUUAAGGAUAGGACCUCAUACAAUUUUAACUUUUGUAUUUUUGGAACAGUAUCGUGGUUUAUACAUAAAAUAUACAACUUAACAUAUUUAACAGACAAUCGUUUGGUAAAAUAUCAUUAGUUUAAAUCUCUAAUUUUCCUGAAUAGAUGAGAUAAUAGAUAUUGAUCAAUUUUUAAAUAAAGGCACACAUGGCAUUUAAUAAUGGCUAAUGCAAGAUUA